GUUCAUUCAUCAGUUCUUUUAUUUUUAACAGUUUUCAUACCAAUGACAUCAUCUCCGUGUUGCAUCAUGUUGUUUGUCCCGUAAUAACUCUCUCUGUGUGUUACGCAGUCAGAGGGACAAAGCAACAGGAGAGAGAGAGGCUCCAUUUACAGCCUGACUCCCCCCAUUCAGCUGGAUUAGAUUAGAUUACUGCACAAGUACAACCAAUACAACAAAAUGCAGUUUAACAUCUAACCAGUAGUGCAAUCAUUAGAAGUGCUUUUUCUUUAUAGCAGUGCUUAACAAUGACAUAUAACACAGAAUGCGGUAUGACCAUGUUAGUCCAUUAUUAAAGUGCAUAGUGUUCUGAGAAAUCGGUCCAUAGUCCAUCUAACAGUAGAGACAGAAUGCAGUCUGACCGUGUUUGUUCUCACCUCUCUAAAGUAAAUUAAGAAAGAGUUUGGUUUUUAACAUAAUUGUGUGUACAGCAGCACCCCCUUUUGGCUAACCAGCAGCAGUACGUUUAGUUUAAGUUUCACUUUCAGCUGGAAAUUUCCAUCAGAAGUCAUUUGAGCGUGCUGCAGAGCAGAGCGCCAGUGCUGCCUUCUCCUGCUGCAUUUCUUCUUCUUACAUUGUUUCCUUGGAUACUAUUUGUCCAUCAGCUGACAGACGUGAUGUCUCUGCUGGACGGGGAGAAGUUGUCGUGUCCGGUCUGUCUGGAGCUUCUGACGGAGCCGCUGACUCUGCCCUGCGGCCACAGCUUCUGCAGCAGCUGUGUUAGAGCCCACUGGGACACAGAGGCAGCCAGCCAGUCCAGCUGUCCCGUGUGCAGAGAGACCUUCACACCGAGGCCCGUCCUGCAGACAAACAUCGUGUUAGCAGAACUAGUGGAGCACCUGAAGGAAACUGAACCCCCGGCUAAAGCACAUCUGCAGUGUGAAGGCCCCAAAAGAGUCUCAGCUGCAGCAGAAAGGUACGGUGGCCCCCGAAGGACAAAACACUUAACACCAGGCGCCGAGAACUACUGAAAAAGUAACAAACUUAAAAAAAAC